AUGUAUUAUUCGAAAUUAUUUUUCGUCACUAUGUUAAUUAUUUUAUUUACCCCUUCAACUGAUGCUUUUUUCUCAGCAUUUUUCCAAAAAAUCAAAAACAAUAUUUUAGGAGGAGAAAAUGAGAUUUCUGGGAAUAAUGUUGACAACAACCAUCAAAACAAUUUAGAGCCUUUUUCAAAUAUUAAUGAUAAUCCAAAUUUGUUUAAUGAAAAGAAUGAAAAUUUUGUUACAGAAAAAAUGGGAGAAAAUAAGGGAGAAGAUGAACAGAAGCAUUUAUUGGGAGGUUAUUAUGAUCAAAAAUAUCAACAUUUUGGGUUUGGUGGGCCUAAAAAGGAAGAGAAUAUUGUUAAAGAAAAUGAGAAGUUGAAUGAUAAACAAACAGAGAUUGAAGAAAUUGAAAAAGUAGAGGAAGGGAAUGAAGAAGAGAAUGAAGAGGAUCGUUUAUUUGCUCGAAUUGCCAAUUGGUUUAAACAAAAUGCUGCAGAAAUUUUAUAUAAAGGAAAGAAUUUCUUUAAAAAAGGUAAAAAAUCAGAAAAUGUGAGUGAAGAAACAAGUGAAAAAUAAU